AUGCCCCUUCCUGAGCCCAGCGAGCAGGAGGGUGAGAGGAUGCGGGCUGGCCAAGAACCUGCCCGACAGCCUGGCAUGGACAUCGUCCCUGCGGCCCCCAGGAUACCCAAGAAGUUCCCCCGGCUCGUCCUGCUCACAGCUGCUGGCCACAGCAGGCAUGGACUGGGCUCCAGACCCAAAGGCGAGCACUGCUUAAUGUCCCUGGAGGUGUCCGGCCCCACCACCCUGGCCAGGGCCCUGCAGAUCCUGCCGGCCCAGGAGCAUGGUACCAUCCCACCAAACUCUUGGGCGCCUGAGCAGAAACGCAGCAGGCUGGACACAGCCCUCAGACCCCUGGAGUUCCUGAAGACCCCGUUUGGGGGUCGCUUGCUUGUGCACAACUCAUUCCUGUACAAGCAGGAGAAGGUUGUGGGGGACAAGGUGUACUGGAAGUGCCGCGAACACACCGAGCGUGGUUGCCGGGGCCGCGCCAUUACCCGGGGCUCACGGGUGACGGUGAUGCGAGGUCACUGCCACCCUCCGGAUGAGGAGGGGCUGGAGGCACGGCGACAGAGAGAGAAGCUGCCCAGCCCAACCCUGCCAGAGGAUCAGGAGGAGGAACUGCUGGAGGGAGUGGGCCCGUGGCUGUGCCCCGAGGAGCCGGCUCCCAAGUUGGACAGGCGGGCCCCAGAAGAGGACGAGGGGCUCCAGACCCUGUCUCUGCUGAGUUUACCCCCCAAAAAGCGUCCAGCCCCCGAGACAGAUGAGGUGCGGCCCUUGGAAUUCCUGCGGACCUGCUAUGGGGGCAGCUUCCUGGUGUACGAGUCCUUCCUGUACAAGCGGGAAAAGGCUGUAGGGGACAAGGUGUACUGGACAUGCCGGGAGCACGCCAUGCAUGCCUGCCGCAGCCGGGCCAUCACCCAGGGCCCUCGGGUAACCAUCAUGCGAGGCCACAGCCACCUGCCUGAUGUAGAGGGUCUGGAGGCGCGGCGGCAGCAGGAGAGAGCCAUGGAGUCACUGCAGGCCGGGCCGGGCGGCCCUGCAGACACGCUGCUGCGAGGUGUGGGCAGUCUCUUCUACCGUAGGGGGCCUGGACCUCUGACGCUUACCAGGCCCAGAACCAGGAAUCGCACCAAGCCCAAAGAUCAGGGGCUCCGGAACCAGCCCCCAACCCUGCAGGGACCCACAGCCGAGAACCAGGAUUCAGACACAGGUGGCCCGGAGUUCCUGAGGACCCCCCUGGGGGGCAACUUCCUGGUGCACGACUCGUUCUUGUACAGACGGGAGAAGGCGGCCGGGGACAAGGUGUACUGGACAUGCCGGGACCAGGCUCGCAUGGGCUGCCGCAGCCGGGCCAUCACCCAAGGUCCACGGGUGACUGUGAUGCGGGGCCACAGCCACCCGCCCGACCUGAGCAGCCUGGAGAUUCUGAGGCAGCGGGAGAAACGCCCAGGCCAGGCUCAGCGCGGGAACGCAGGUGGCCCCGAGUUCCUGAGGACCCCCCUGGGGGGCAGCUUCCUGGUGCACGACUCGUUCUUGUACAGACGGGAGAAGGCGGCCGGGGACAAGGUGUACUGGACGUGCCGGGACCAGGCUCGCAUGGGCUGCCGCAGCCGGGCCAUCACCCAGGGUCCACGGGUGACCGUGAUGCGGGGCCACAGCCACCCCCCGGACCUGAGCGGCCUGGAGGCUCUGAGGCAGCGGGAGCGGCUCCCCGGCCCCGCCCAGUGGGAAGGCCCAGGCACCAUCCGGCCUCUGGAGUUCCUGAGGACCUCCCUGGGCGGCCGUUUCCUGGUGCACGACUCGUUCCUCUACAGGAAGGAGAAGGCAGCUGGGGACAAGGUCUACUGGAUGUGCCGGGACCAGGCUCGGCUGGGCUGCCGCAGCCGGGCCAUCACCCAGGGCCCACGAGUGACGGUCAUGCGGGGGCACUGCCACCUACCUGACCUGGGGGGCCUGGAGGCGCUUCGGCAGCGGGAGCGGCUCCCUGGCCUGGCCCAGCAGGAGGGCCCAGAAAAGAUAAAACUUCUACCAAAAGUGCAACUGUGCUUCAAGACUUGCUCUCCAGAAAGCCAGCAGCUUUAUGGGUAA